AUGUCUCAAUCUCUGCGGCCGUACCUUCAGUGCGUGCGUAGCAGCUUGACUGCUGCGCUUACGUUGUCCAACUUUGCUUCGCAAACAGCUGAGCGACAUAACGUCCCCGAGAUCGAGGCCCAGACGUCACCCGAAGUUCUCUUAACCCCAUUGACGAUUGCGCGAAACGAAAAUGAGCGAGUCCUCAUCGAGCCCAGUAUCAACUCCAUCCGUAUCAGCAUCAAGAUCAAGCAGGCCGACGAGAUUGAACACAUCUUGGUCCACAAGUUCACCAGAUUCCUGACGCAACGAGCCGAAUCCUUCUUUAUUCUGCGAAGAAAGCCAAUCAAGGGCUAUGACAUUUCCUUCUUAAUAACAAACUUUCACACCGACGAGAUGUUGAAGCACAAGCUGGUCGAUUUCAUAAUACAGUUUAUGGAAGAUGUGGACAAGGAAAUUUCCGAGAUGAAGCUUUUCUUGAAUGCAAGGGCAAGAUUUGUUGCGGAGUCUUUCUUGACGCCGUUUGAUUAA